AGCAACCAAAUCACGCUUUCUUUCGUGGAGCCGAAACAAAGUUGGUGUUGCAGCUGUUUGUCUAGGUUAAUGUAUAAAUAAUUGAAGGGCAGUCGAUAAUGUUAAAAUGAACCACAGCAUCUUAGAAUCUGCUCUUCAUCCACAGAGCCUGAUUGCAAUGUGCUAAAGUAUACAGCCAAAUAAAAAUCAAGAGUCUUCAGCUGGUGGAAGACAGAAUGACUUUCAAACCAAAUAAUGCUGCUACAAAAAUUCAGAAGUGCUGGAGAUCAUAUAGAGAUAGAAGACUGUUCCUCCUUCUGAAGCACACCGUUUGUGCUGCGGAACACUGUCUAACAUAUGAAAUACUCCGGAAGGUUAGUCCCACAGAAGCAGAGCUUUUAAAGGAUCCAAGCACAAAGUGUAAAGUGAGAUUCAGGUUUGCUGGUGCAGAAUUCCCCCCAACUAUUGUGUUUAAAAUAUUUUACCAAAAUGGAGGAUGUGGAAACAAAUAUAUAAAUGGGAAAAGAGCCAUCUCACCUGCAAGUGAGGCAGCUGUAGAUGCUUGCAAAAUAAUGGGACACAGACGCUUUUAUGAUCAAAUAAUUUGUGAUGAAAUCCAGAGGCAAAAGCAAAAAAUUGUGGAUGAAGUCGAUGUUGUUAGCAUGAAGGAUUAUAUGCAGUAUACAAGUAACCUCGAUGAAACUCCAGCAUACUUGGGAGGCAAGGGAAACACCUGGAGAAAACUGUCUCUAGAAGAGAUGCCAAGAAGCACUGUCAUGUAUGACAUUGUGGAUUAUGCGAAGAGUGGGUGCUUAUCAGAGUCACUAAGGGAGAAGCUGCCCCUGCUGCUUAUGAGGCCCACUUCAGAGGAAAUGCAGCUUCAGCAGCUGAGGACAAUUUCACAGCCAAGGUCUCCUCCUGUUCCUCCAUCUUCAGUAGUGUCCACACUAAAGUCUGCAACCUCAAAACACUCAUCUCGCAGGUCUAGCAAAGCACGACAGAAAGUUGCCAAAAUGAGAAAACUCUACAGUUCCAGUUGUUCAAGAAUGGAAGAAAAAGCAACACUACAGUUAGAAGCAUUUAUUCCCACCGACAUGGACACUGAGAAACUUGAAAUGGACACAAAUUUUGAUGAUGAAUUGGAUGAGGAAACUAAUAAUCUGUACUCAUGGACUCAGCAGCUCUCCUUGGAAGACACUGCAAUUGGUUUUUAGUUCUUCAUCCGUCAGAGUCUAGAGAUGCAUUUACAACUCCUGUGUUAUGCCCCACACCCCCUUGCAGGUGAUAGAAGACAACGUUGCUAUAGAUCCUCUAAAUGAUUCAUGGUGACCAAAUCAUGUUUUAAGAUAUCAUGCAGAAUAAAUGACAUCAUAUGUAGUGCUUUUCAUUGUGAGUGCCACCUAAAGGCAUUUUAAAUAUACAUAGUAAAAUAGCACAAAUGUCUAGAGAGUUGCACAUUUUUAAAAUUUAUGGAAAAACAGACGAGGUAGUGUGUUCUGGACAGUGGUGGUGGUUUAACUGUCCAAAGUUCACCACAACUACUCAGCUAUUUAGCUGCUUUCUUGACAGGUAAUGCCAUACUUCAGAUGAAAUGAAAAUGAAAUCAGUGCCAGUUGAUAUUAACAUUCUGUGGGGCUUAAGUUCACAAGCCUGAAGGUUACAGGCAUGGUAAACAAACUCAUGAGGUGCCUUUGCUGGUGUACAUGGUGUACAGUACAAUACUAUAUACUGUAUUAAUACACUCCAACUAUGGGGAUAGUUAGCAAUAUACAGUACAUGUGUUGACCAACUUUUUGGCAACACUUCCUAUAUUUUCCAACAGCAGUGAUGUAUCACGAAACCAAAGUAAAACAUUUGACCCUCAUUCUAAGCAUUACCCAGUGAAGCAAUUCUUCAUUUGAAAAUUUAAAUCCAAAGCUCAAAAGAAUAAAUGGCAUCUCUUUUUAUCUUAAACACAGUU